CGGAGGCGGCAGGGACGCGAUGGCUGAAUCUCUGCCGCUGGAGAAAGGCCUCCCCGCUUCUCAGCUCAAAGAAUCAUGCUUCCUCCCCUCAGGGAGGACAGGUUUGUUGCCCUCCCUUUGCUCCUUGGAUUGACUGCUGAGCCCCAGAAGACAGGAUGGCCACUAUCUUACCUCGGCUCAGUCAGGUUUUCCUGCCUCCCCUUGGGGAUAGGGGCUUGAUCAGUCCCAGUCCCCAUCAGUGUUCUCUUCCCCAUGCCUAGCCUCCCUGGCCCAGAGGCUGUUCUCCCCAGUCAUUCUCCUCUCAGUAAUGAUCUGCUUUAUCUUCCCACCCCUUCCUUGAGCAAACCUUUGGUGAAAAUAGAGGUAAAAGACUGUCCAUCCUUACUUAAUGCAAUUCAGUAAGUAUUGACUGAGUACCUUCUGUGUACUAGGGACCAGAGAAAGGAAGAAGAGAUCAGAGUGGGCUGGGGAAAAGGUCCACAUAGGCAAAAGGAAAUAAGGAAAUAGACAUGCUGUGUUUGUAGGACAGUGAGGAGACUGGAUUGUGGAAGCUCUGGAAUCAGGGGUCCAGUCAGGCAUGGAGGCCUGGCAGUGCUGACCCAGGAGAAGAGAUUUUGUCUUGAGGGGACUGGGAAACCCUGAAGGUUUUCAUCAGGAGUACACUGAGACUGAAAGCUGUCUUUUAGGAAAAUUAACCUUGUUGCAUUGUGAGGAAUGAUUAGCAAGGAUGAGCCUGGAUGCAGGGAGAUCAGGUGGGAGAUUGUGUUAGGAAUGAAGGCUGGGGUGAUGAAGAUCUGGGCUACUAAGGUGGUAAGUUUUCAAAGGCAGAAAUAUUAGUAACAGCAAUCCAGGAAGCAUUUAUGGACAACCUACUAGAUGUGAAGCAUAUUAUAUCUAUUAAAUAUAUAUAUAAAUUAUGUAUAUAUAAUUUAAUCCCCAUCAUAAGACUAUGAUCUAGAUUUUUAAUAUCCCCACUUUACAGGUGUGGAAACUGAGGCUCAGAGAGGUCAAGUACCUUGCCUGAGGUCACACAGGUUACAUAGCUAGGAAUCUGUGGAGCUGGGAUUUGAAUGAGUCUAAGUUAGCCUGGCCUAAAGCCUGUGCUUUACACCUAUAUCUGAGAGCAAGGGACAGAAUAGCAUGAAGAGCACAGAGUAUUAUCAGGAUCAUCAGGUGAGAUGCACUGUUGGCGCUGAAGCUCAGGGGCUGGAAAGUUGGGAGGAAGGGCUGCUUUGGACUGAGGUUGAGAUGAAGGUGAUGGUAAAACAUUUGGAUGAAGAAUCCUGUGGGGAGUUGGCAAUACUAAACUAGCACAUGAAUGAUAAAACAAUAUGUACAUAUUGAAUUGCUGGUUAUUCCUAUAGAGGUAACUGUUAAAGCCAUGCAAAUGAAUUUAUUAUCCUAGAAAGUAACAGAUUGAAAGGCCCAGGUCUGAACCCUGGGAGCCACAGAAGAAUCCAGAAACAGGGCAGUUGGAGUGGUGAGUGGAGCCCUAGAAAACACAGUGUCACAGAAGUCAAGGAGGGAAGAUUCCAGAAGAAAAGAAUAGUUAAUAUCAGAUAAUUCCCGGUCUCACAGGCAACUCCCUUCCCCAGUCCCUAAUAGGGCCUCCACUCCCACCUACCCCCAGCCUCAUAGAGCGCAGGCGGAGUGAGAGUCUGAGCCUACCAGGCUGUUAAGAUUUUCUUGCUGAGAAUCUUAACAGUCAGCUGAGUAACCUAGUUGGCAGUGAAGAAAAUGGGAAAAGGGUGCGGUCCCAGUGUAACUUCCUGAAGAUCAGAGUAGGAGCACCUGACUUGCUAUGUUCUAGAUCCUAUGCAAGACACUUUACCAUGUUAUUUAAUUGUCACAACAACCCAUUUAAAUCUCACUACAAUUGUCUUUUUAUAGAUAAGGAAAAUAAGGCUCAGAGAGGUCAGUUGAGAGAAUAAGGAUCUAAACUAGGUUUAUCUGGUCCCAAUGCCCAGGUUCUUUUUACCAACUUGAGCAGGAAGUUUGAUUUUUAUCAGUCAGAGCAAACCUGCAUCCAGGUGGCGCUCAGGAGAGGUUUGUUCCCAGUAAAGAUACCUGGCGGCUGGAGAGGGGAAGUGAAGACUCCACGAAGCUUAGGAUCCAAGAUGAACUAGAAGCCAGUGCUCUGGUCCCCUCUGACCUACUGUGCUAUCAGCUGGAGAAGGUUCCAAAGGCCCCCACCAGCACUACAGGUCCCCAAUGCCCAUUCUUUUUCCCUCAGAUGCUCACAUAUAUUCUGAGCUUCCUGCCUCUGUCAGAUCAGAAAGAGGCCUCCCUCGUGAGUCGGGCUUGGUGCUGUGCAGCCCAGAAUGCCCUUCGGGAGCAACCAGGCCUUACCUCCCUGGACCUCAGCGGCUACUCAGAACUGGCUGACGGGGCACUCUUGAUCGUGAGCCGGGGCCUGCGGCGCCUGUGGCACCUGAGCCUGAGGAAGCUGCAGCGGCUGACGGAUGCGAGGCGCUCAGCCCUAGGGGGCCUGUGGGAGCUGCAGAGCCUCGACAUGGCCGAGUGCUGCCUGGUGAGAGGGAGGGAAUUAGCCCAGGCCCUGGGCUUGGUGUGUGGAGCUCCACACCCACUGGCCUCCCUCAGCCUGGCCUACUGCUCCUCACUCAAGGACGCCUCAGUGCUCUCCCUGGUGCCAGCGCUGGGCCCAAGCCUCAGGGUGCUAGACUUAUCCUCCUGCGUGGCCCUCACCAACCGGACCGUGCAGGCCAUCUACACCUACCUCACCCACCUGUCAGUCCCACUCCUGGCCUGGUGCAAGGAGCUCCGUGACCGGGGGCUUCUGGGCUUGGGGCAACCAAGUGAGGAGACCCUGCAGGGGCCGCAGCCACCCCGAGAGCUGGGCAUCGGGCCUCCAGGGGCAAAAGGACCCUUCUCCCCGGCCACAGGGCCCGCCCCGCUCACUCUGCCGGCCCUACGGGACUUGGACCUCACAGCCUGCAGCAAGCUGACUGAUGCCAGUUUGACCAAGGUGCUCCAGGUCCCCCAGCUGAGGCGGUUGUCACUGAGCCUGUUGCCAGCAGUCACGGACAAGGGCUUGCUGGCUGCGGCCAGAGGCUGCCCCAGCGUGGAGCGCUUGGUGCUGAGUCACUGCAGCCGCCUCAGUGACGAGGGCUGGGCCCAGGCAGCUGGCUGCCGGCCGAGGCUGCAGCACCUCAACCUGUCCAGGUGCAGUCAGCUCGCGGAGCAGUGAUGGCCUCCCUGCGGAACGCUGGGUUCCACUGGGCAGGCGUGCAAGCAGCUCCUGGUAGAUGUGGCCAUGUGUCCUGGCAUCAGCAUGGCUUCCGUCAGGCGCUUCCAAGCCCAACUGCCUGAGGUGAGCUGCGUCCAGUCCCGCUUCGUGGGAGGGGCUGACCUGACCCUAACACUCUGA